CAUACAUAUAAAGUGUUGAUUUUCUUUUCUUUUUUCUUUUUCUUUUUUCUUUUUUUUCUUAAAAAAAAAAAUAAAAAAUACCAUGAAUGUUUUACCUUCAACUGAUCAAUUCGAUGACAGUCUUAAAACAGCAACCAAAUGGACUUUCUAUAGGAUAAAUCAACAAAAGUUAACUUCGACUCCAAACAAAAAAAAGCGAUCGAAAAGGAUCAUGAGUAAGAAGGCAACUAUCGAGCCAGAUGACAAAAAAAGAGAAUCGUCUUGUUUUAUUAGCAAAAGACAAGACAAUGUAUAUAAUAACAACGCUACCGUCAUAAAACGUACCAAGUGUGGAGAUCAAUUAAGCAAUGAACGGAAACUUAUGAAUAGACGUGCGAUUAUUUAUAUAUCGAAUAAUGAUCAUAAUCUAUCUCUAAAUAACAUUCUUCCUAAUGAACACAAACAACAAAAAGACGAUGAUUUAUUGUUAUCGCUUUACUGUUUAACACAACAGAAGCUCCGCAAGAAUACAUUACCGCUUUUAGAAUCUAUUCAUUUACAACAAAUGUUAAGGACACUAGAACAACAAAGUGACACAUCUUUUAGAUUAAAACAUAAUCGACAUUUUAUUCAACAAACAGCAACUCAUUCAUCUGAUAAGCAGCCCGCACCAACACGAUCGUCCUCUUUUCAGCAACGAAAACAAUCUUGUUAUAAAUACGAAGAAGAGGAUAAUAUUCCAUUAGUAAAACUAUUAGCCCAACAAAAAGGCAAUAAUACCAAGCAGCGGAGAAAAUCAGAAGAACAUCAGUAUAACAACAACUAUCAGCAACCUUAUUAUUCAUUUUUGCCUCCUGUUAGCCAAGCAACUACACUAUUCCAUCCUAUUAGUAAUAAUGUCUUUUAUUGCUCUUUACCCUAUUGGCAAUUUUCCUCUUUUUAUCAGCAGCAUUUUCAUUUUAGUAAUGCAUAUAGACAAGCAUUUUCUGUAUAAUAAACUGUAUAUAAUAAACAACAAAUAAAAAACUAGUAGAGCGUAGUCUAAUUUUUUUUUUUUUUUAUAAUUCAUAAUUGCAUCGUUCUUGGCAUACUAUUUAAAGGGGGCUUAUCAAAUCUCCUUAUAUAUUUCAAAUCUUAUUUGUGAUAUGCAAUCAUCUUUAGUUUGCUUUCUUCAUUGUGUCUACAUUUUUAAUCUAUUGUCCAGUUGCAAU